CUGAUACUAGAUCUGGAUGCAUUCUGGAUCUGUCAAGAGCUCUGCUUUUCUGCUGCGUAAUAUCACUACCCGCUUCAACAAAGAGGACAAACGCAGUGUUCUAGUGUAGUGUUUGAGUUUUCCAGACUCUCAUUGUGCUCGCCAGUGUUUGUACUGGAGCUCAGUGAACUGUUUUAGGAGAGAGAAAGAGAGAGAGAGAGAGAGCGAGCGGGGUGUGAAAGUGAAGCACUAUCAGUCUUUGCGGACUGGAGGCUCAAAAACAGCGGAAGAGAGAAAGAGAGGGAGUGAUAGAGAGAGGAAUCAAUCAGCCAUGGCAAAUAUCGCUGUGCAGAGGAUCAAGCGAGAGUUCAAAGAAGUGCUGAAAAGCGAAGAGACAAGUAAAAAUCAAAUAAAAGUAGAUCUGGUGGAUGAAAACUUCACAGAGUUAAAGGGAGAAAUAGCAGGACCACCAGACACACCGUAUGAAGGGGGCAGAUACCAGCUAGAAAUCAAGAUACCUGAAACAUAUCCGUUUAAUCCACCCAAGGUGCGGUUUAUUACUAAGAUCUGGCAUCCCAAUAUAAGUUCAGUUACUGGGGCAAUAUGUUUGGACAUUUUAAAAGACCAGUGGGCUGCUGCUAUGACUCUGCGAACAGUUCUGCUCUCACUACAGGCUCUGUUAGCUGCAGCAGAGCCAGAUGAUCCUCAAGACGCUGUGGUAGCCAAUCAGUAUAAGCAGAAUCCAGAAAUGUUCAAACAAACCGCUCGUCUCUGGUCUCACGUUUACGCUGGCGCUCCCGUGUCCAGUCCCGAGUACACACGCAAAAUAGACAAACUUUGUGCAAUGGGCUUUGACAAAAAUGCAGUAAUAGUAGCCUUGUCCUCGAAAUCAUGGGACGUGGAGACAGCGACAGAGCUGCUACUAAGCAACUGAUCAUCCAGUUCUCUUCAUCAGGCCAUGUUUUCCUCAAACCCCUCCACUCCCACCCAACCAACCAUGCACACACACAUGCAUCACCCGUCUUGGUUUGUGUUCAGAUUGAAUGUUUGGGUAAGAGACAGCGAGACCUCGGAGUCAUCUUCUGUCUCUCUUAGCAAAUGUUCACAUCCCUUGCUUCCCAACAUUUUCACUCCCAGUUUUUGCCUUGCUACAAUAAUUUUUCCUCUAAAAUUUAGCCUGUCACUUCCCUUUUAAAGAAACCCAAAAAAGACAAAGCCCCUAUCCCUGUCAUUUCAUGCGAAAAGAAACACCCACUUGCAUCUGUGAGACAAUGUUAGAACAUGUAAAUUAGUAUAUUUAAGGUUGUGUACAUUUAAAAGGCAAAAUAGCAGGAAUGUUAUU